GAGAGCGAUUACAUAUCCUCGGCCAGAGACAGAAGCGUGCACUGGCGGAACCCCGAACGACCCUCUGACGGCAAUUGCGUGACAACGAGUCGCGCGAAUUCGUCAUACAGCCGAACAGAACAUACAUUACUUUAUUGUGUGCGAAGCUUCCUGUCAUUGAUACAUAUUCUUGCAUUUUUACGCCUCACGAAUUUUCAAUUCCUUCGAGACAUGACAACAGAAAGCGUCGCCGCUGCGUUUGACAGCAUCUCCGACGCUGUAGAAUCUUUUGCGAAGGGAGAGUUCAUUGUCGUCCUCGACGCCGCCAACCGUGAAAAUGAAGGCGACCUCAUCAUCGCUGCCUCCGACCUGACUCCCGCAAAGGCAGCCUUUCUGAUUCGUCAUUCAUCGGGCUAUGUCUGCACACCAAUCACAUCCUCGCUCGCCGCAAGACUCGAACUGCCGCAAAUGGUAGCGCACAACACCGAUCCCAACCGCACUGCUUACACAAUCACGAUCGAUGCAGAGGAUGUUACCACCGGUAUCAGCGCACAAGAUCGAAGUUUGACAUGUCGGACGCUGGCCAAUCCUAAGGUGCAGAAGGACGCAUUCCGGCGGCCAGGCCACAUCGUCCCGUUGCAGGCACGAGAUGGAGGCGUGAGGGUUCGUGCAGGUCAUACCGAGGCAACCAUUGACUUCUGUCGUCUCGCUGGGAAGGAGUUGGUCGGCGUCAUCGGAGAGCUGGUAGAGGACGGCGAUGAAGUGCUAGGUGCUGGCGAACGAAGUGGCGGAUUCGGCAUGAUGCGCAGAGAUGGCUGUCUCGCUUUCGCGCGUCGCUAUGGGCUGAAGGUGGUCACCAUUGACGAUUUAAUAUCGCACCUUGAAAGCGUCGAGGGGAGCAGUUGAGGACGGAAUGGCAGAAAUGUCGUCGGUCUGCACGGAUUGGAUAUCGAGGAAGACUCUUGGUGUCCAAAGGCGGCGUACUCUACUCGAUGUAGUAUCAAAAAUCUUCAGCGAAGAAAAUAGAUGCAUUGCUUAGGAACGGCCGCUCACGCCAUGGUGAUCUCCUACUGCCCAGGUUCUUUCCCUUCCCUACCACAUAUAGGUACAAACUCUCUCAGGACGCAUCCCUAUCGCCAUGGUCGCGAGACUCAAAUUCAAUCCUUCCGUUGCCGUAUACUCCAGAAACUCUCGGUAUCCCAUAUUGUACAUUUUGUUACACUGUUGUCUC